UUCGCCAAUCGAUUCUUCUCGAAUCCCAUACACCGGCACCAAAAACUUGUAUAAAAACGCCCUCCCCUCCCAAAAGUUCGUUGUCUUUCAGAUAAAAAAUAAAACGCGCUUCAAAUCCUCUGCUUUCAUUCUUUCAAUUCAUUCUCAUCCUAGUUUUUAAUUCGCUAGCUAUCAUCAAUGGCGGGAAAGGGAGAAGGGCCAGCGAUCGGUAUCGAUCUAGGCACAACAUAUUCAUGCGUCGGUGUAUGGCAACAUGACAGAGUUGAAAUCAUAGCUAACGAUCAAGGCAACAGGACGACGCCGUCUUAUGUUGCUUUCACCGAUACAGAGCGUUUGAUUGGUGAUGCUGCUAAAAACCAGGUCGCCAUGAACCCGGUCAACACCGUGUUCGAUGCUAAGCGUUUGAUUGGUAGGAGAUUUAGUGAUCCUUCAGUCCAGAGUGAUGUUAAGCUGUGGCCAUUCAAGGUCAUUGCUGGUCCUGGUGACAAGCCAAUGAUUGUGGUUACCUAUAAGGGCGAGGAGAAGCAGUUUGCUGCUGAGGAGAUUUCUUCAAUGGUUCUCAUUAAGAUGCGUGAGAUCGCUGAAGCUUACCUUGGCACCACUAUCAAGAAUGCUGUGGUCACAGUCCCUGCUUACUUCAAUGACUCUCAAAGGCAGGCUACUAAGGAUGCUGGUGUUAUUGCUGGUCUGAAUGUGAUGCGUAUUAUCAAUGAGCCCACCGCUGCUGCCAUUGCUUAUGGUCUUGAUAAGAAGGCGACCAGUGUGGGUGAGAAGAAUGUGUUGAUUUUUGAUUUGGGUGGUGGUACUUUUGAUGUCUCUCUUCUUACCAUAGAGGAGGGUAUCUUUGAGGUUAAAGCCACGGCUGGAGAUACCCAUCUUGGAGGUGAGGAUUUUGAUAACAGAAUGGUGAACCACUUUGUCCAAGAGUUCAAGAGGAAGAAUAAGAAGGAUAUCAGCGGAAAUCCUAGAGCUCUUAGGAGGUUGAGAACUGCUUGUGAGAGGGCAAAGAGGACUCUCUCAUCUACUGCUCAGACCACCAUUGAGAUUGAUUCUCUGUACGAGGGCAUUGAUUUUUACUCAUCCAUCACUCGUGCAAGAUUUGAGGAGAUGAACAUGGAUCUCUUCAGGAAAUGUAUGGAGCCUGUUGAGAAGUGUUUGAGGGAUGCCAAGAUGGACAAGAGCACUGUCCAUGAUGUUGUCCUUGUUGGUGGUUCUACUAGGAUUCCCAAGGUGCAGCAGCUUUUGCAAGACUUCUUCAAUGGGAAAGAGCUCUGCAAGAGCAUCAACCCUGACGAGGCUGUUGCUUAUGGUGCUUCUGUUCAGGCUGCUAUCUUGAGUGGUGAAGGGAAUGAGAAGGUGCAGGAUCUGCUUCUUCUUGAUGUCACUCCAUUGUCUCUUGGAUUGGAAACUGCUGGUGGAGUUAUGACUGUUUUGAUCCCAAGAAACACCACCAUUCCCACCAAGAAGGAGCAGGUUUUCUCCACCUACUCGGACAACCAACCUGGUGUGCUGAUUCAAGUUUACGAGGGUGAGAGAACUAGAACAAGGGACAACAACUUGCUUGGCAAAUUCGAGCUCUCUGGCAUUCCUCCUGCACCCAGGGGUGUUCCUCAGAUCACUGUCUGCUUUGAUAUUGAUGCAAACGGUAUCUUGAAUGUCUCUGCCGAGGACAAGACUACUGGCCAGAAGAACAAGAUUACUAUCACUAACGAUAAGGGAAGGCUGUCCAAGGAAGAGAUUGAGAAGAUGGUAGAGGAGGCUGAGAAGUACAAGUCGGAGGAUGAGGAACAUAAGAAGAAGGUCGAAGCCAAGAAUGCUCUGGAAAAUUAUGCUUAUAACAUGAGGAACACCGUGAAGGACGAGAAGAUUGGAUCCAAACUGAACCCAGCUGACAAAAAGAAAAUAGAGGAUGCGAUCGAUCAGGCCAUUCACUGGCUGGACAGCAACCAGCUUGCCGAGGCUGAUGAAUUCGAGGACAAGAUGAAGGAAUUGGAGAGCAUUUGCAAUCCUAUAAUUGCAAAGAUGUAUCAGGGCGACGGUGCUGACAUGGGUGGCCGCAUGGAUGAAGAUGCUCCCUCGACUGGUGGCAGCGGUGCUGGCCCUAAGAUUGAAGAAGUCGAUUGAUUGAUAGUUUCUUUUUCACAUCUAAGAUUAGGGAUUGACGUUAGGAUGCCUGCUCUGGAUUUUGUUGUGGUUGAUUUGGGUGGAUUUUGUGGAUCUUUUGCGAUGAACAACUUAUUUUCCCGUUUAAUAAUUUGUUUCUGUCUCAACUUAGCUUUAA